AUGACGGCGGUUGGAGGUGCUCUGUUGGUUCGAGGUUGGUGUCAGGGCGGAACGGUUUAUGUGGUACAGGGAUGUUGUGAUGCCCUUGACAAUAGGAGUAUUGGUUGUUCCAGAGCCUGCCCACUGGACGGGGACUGGGAGCGAAGGAGUAUCUCUGACGACGUCCUGCGUGGAUGGUCGUGUCAGACUCACGCUUUCUCAUCAGGCGGCAACCAUGACGACGUGACUGGAUCGCAAUAA